GCGGGUGAGAAAAGAGGCCUACCAGUCGGGAAAGAAGGGGCGGGAGCAACGGCGUCAAGACGGAUAAAGAACACUCUGCAGGAGGGACGGACGCAGCGACAUACGUUUGCAUACCAUUGAAACAAAGAAAGCGGAUAGCCCUUGAUUUUGCUCACCGACAACCAUUGACGACUAUUCGUGACCCUUGGCGAUCUCUCUUGUGCCGUUAUCGACAGUCGCCGGUCUCAGCUUCUCGAACUUUAAAGAGCAGCUGCUUGUGAUAGGUCUCCAGUUCUACAUUUCCUGUCAUUGCAAACUGUCAAAUUUCAGUGCGGGGACGUCAAUUUAGGGCCAUCGGUGCUGCAGAAUCAACCACUAUCCCUUCCUUAUUGCUAUCACGGCUGUUGGAACAUAGAGCGCGGUCGUUUUCUCCCGAGGGGAUUCGACUGUUCACGGUGCCCUGAAUCUUAUGGCUCACCAUGGUAUUGAACCCGGAGCAGCUGGUGAAGAAUUCAAGAAAUUGGAAUCUGUGGACAUCACAAACAUUCGUAUUCAAAAGGAAGAGACUAAGGAAAGGCGAAUAGCAGAAAUAUUGUCACGGCGCCAUGAACUAUUAAAGGAGCUUUUCAUACGGCGAAGCAUCUUGAACGAAACCGAAGCCAUCUUACGGGAAUUGUCAAAUCUUCCUUUGGAUGAGGCCGAAUUUGCGGAAUUCCAAAAGGAGUAUAAUUUAUCGAGAGACCAACUUACGAGAAGAGAAGACGGAACAGUGGCUGAAGGUCAAGAGGAACUUCCCGGGUACGACCAAGGUGAUAGACGCGGCAGCGGUGCCGCAGAAGAAGGUAGUGCUUCGGACGAGAAGCCUCCAACAGAUCCAGGGUCUGCGCACGUGGAUCGCCGGCGCUUCCUUCCGCCGGUUGAGAGAAUGGUGACCAGGGGCAUAUCUGCCAAGAAACUAGCUCUUAGCCCGGAGGCUUCAACAGGUCCUUCGGCGAUUUCUCCGCAUGUGGCCACACCAACAACAGCUCCUGCAACGCCCAGUCCCAGCGCCUCUACUGCGCGACGUAGAAGUUCAACAUCUCAUCGCAUCGCCAAUUCCCCAGUCACACCAAUCAACGUCACCUCUACAAAGGCCAAUCGUCCAAAGCUGUUAUUAAGAGACGCGAAAAGUCAACCUGGGAGACGACCCGCAGCAGGGGGUAGCGGUACUCGUCAAGAAGCAGAUACGCAGAUCGAAGGCUACCGAUGGUACGAAUGGCAGCUACGAGUGCAGUCGAAUCCGAUUUCAGGGUUGCUGCCGACGGCCACAAAGUCGAUGACCACAAGAGACUGGCAGGCCGCAAGAACUGAAGUGCAGCAGAUGAAAUUGCUCCAAAAGGUCGAUCUGCUCAAAGAGAAGAAUCUUUGGAGUUUCAGGCAGUUGAAACCUCACGUUGCACCUCCACGUCCAAAGACGCACUGGGAUGUUCUCUUGGAUGAAAUGAAAUGGAUGCGUGUCGACUUUCGCCAAGAGCGUAGAUGGAAGAUUGCUACUGCAUGCAACAUGGCUCAUUGGGUCCUUGAGUGGCACGAAGCUACCGACAAGUCGACAUUGUGCGUUCCGCGUCGAAUGCCCAAGGACAGAACUAAACAGGAAGACCCACCGGGCGAUGACCCAAUGGACGUUUCGACAAAUCAGGACGAGGAUAAGACACGACCUGACUUGUCGCUGAACACUGAGCAAGUCCAUGACCAUCACGGAGAACAAAAAGAGCUGCAGUCAACGGACCGGGAAGAAACCCCUUUACCUGCCGACAUUGAGCAUCCGGAAGGCGAAGAGCCGCUACCAUCUCUUUUUAUGGAUAUAGAUACGUCCACCUAUCUGAUUUACGAUGGAACGAACGGGCAAACGCUAGAUAUUCCGGUGUACACCCCUCUCACGGUUGAUGCUGACGAACUCUACAUCGACGAGAAUCAGCAUGAGACUGUAGUGCCUGUUUCUGAGUUGAUUACAGCGAGAACUAUGGUGAAGGACUAUGGAGAUAACCAGCAAGAGGAAUUCACACCCCAACUAACCGACCAGCAACGCUAUGACAACGCAAGACUCGUCUCUCCAAUUUUCAGUAGAAUGUCUGAGCAGCAUGAGGAUUCGUCAAUACCACCACCCCGAAUACAGCCCACCAAGACCGAAACACCGAAAACCACGCAGCAUUGGACGAAGGAGGAAGAUGAUAUCCUUAUUUCACUUGCACUCAGCUAUCAAUAUAACUGGACCAUCGUCAGCGACAUGCUGCACUCCCGUCAAGUUCCAGGAAUUCGAUGGCGACGCAGCGAGUGGGAGUGUUAUAGUCGCUUCAAGGAACUUGGCCCUGCACGGACUGUGGACCGAAGCAUAUCAGGUGCAGGAUCGUCUGCGUCACUUGCAACUCCAAGACCAAAGAGUGGUAGUCCACGUGAACUUUCUGCUCAAGCGGAAGCUUCGGAAGCCAGAAUUCAAAAGCACCUGACCACGUUUGAAACUAUUAGAAGACUAAGUAGAAACAAAGACAAGUACAAACCGCCUGGAGAUCGCAAGCCGCCGGCAAAGAUUAUCCUCACCACACACGAGACACAUUAUCAAUCGCAAGCAGGUGCAGGAAUAGAUCCCGCAGGACCUCCUCUGACGCCGACAGAGCUUGCUAUAAUGCGGAGAGAGAGGGCAUUACGUCAGGCUCAGGAGCAUGGACGACAUAUGUAUGGUGGACACACACGAGCGGGCAUGAUGCUCGGGCGACCGAUGCCAGCUGGCGGCGGUGCUCUGCCACAUCCAUACGCUCAGUACAGAACUGUUGCUCGACCGCCCACCACCGCGAACAGUAUCCAAGGAUCACCGGUCCCCGCUGGCCAAGCUCUUCCUCAUACCCCAAACAACUCUCAGCAUCCCGCGAUACGACCUCCAGCAACGCCAGUGCUACCCGGACAAAUACCGCCGCAAAGUCCGUCUCCCAUGGUCAGAUUGAAUGGUACUGCACCUGCCAUGACGCAGGAGCAGUACAUGCGGGCGAUGCUUGCACGGCAGCAAAUGAUGGCCUCCCCUCAGCAAAGGCAUUUGGUGUCACCUCAGCCAGGGCAGUCGACUUCUGUGCCGCAAGUCGGUGAUGCUGUGGUAGUGUCUACUUCCGGACCGGUGCCAAACAUUGGUUUGCAGAACGCUUCUGUACCCACCAUUAACCAACGAAUGCAGAUGGUCAGGCAGCUCCAAUUGCAGCAGCAGCAACAACAACAACAACAGCAGCAGCAGCAGCAGCAACAGCAACAACAACAACAGCAGCAGCAACAGCAACAAACACAACAGUCACCUCAGCUACAGCAACUGCAAUUGCAUCAGCAGCAGCAACAACAACAGCAGCAGUCUCCUCCCCAGCCGCAACGUCUGCAGAUCCCCGCUGACACACAUGCACAUACGGCCGCUGCAUUUGUGGCUCUGCAGAACGCUCAGCAGGCAGCGAAAAUGGGCCAGAUGCCAGAGAUGAUGCAGCAACAGCGCCAACUCCACCAAGCACGGCAGCAGCAGGCUCUUCUCAUGGGCGCUACCUCGGCCACAAGUCCACUCAUGGCUGUUUCCACUCCGCGGAUACCUACGGUUCCUGCAGAUGCUGCGGCACUGGGCAUAUCACCAUCCCAACAGCAACUACAGCAAAAGCAGGCCACGCAAUCACCCCAGACCUCACAGGUUCAGCCAGAGGCGUCGUCGGCUCCAGGGUCGUCGACGUAGCACGAAGCGCCAGCUACCCUAUAAAAAGCUUGCUUUUUGUGGUUGGAGUAUGAGAUUUUGGUAAUCCGAUGGGGAUCAACUAUACUUUGAUAACUGUAUUACACAAUAUAUUUGUAAAUUGGAAUGGA